AUGUUCGGGAUCAUAGCAGACCUCAUUGCCUCCGCUACCACGAUCCUCCUCCCAGCGUACCUCUCCUACAAAGCUCUGCGCACCAAUGACCCGGCUCAAACGCACCCGUGGUUGAUCUACUUCACCAUCCUCUCCCUCACUCUCCUAUUCGAGUCCUGGACCCUGUUCAUCAUAGGCUGGAUCCCUUUCUACUCAUGGCUCCGCCUCAUCUUCCUUUUGUACCUCGUCCUCCCUCAGACUCAGGGUGCCAAGGUGUUAUACCUGGACUAUUUGGAGCCGUACAUCGUCCACCAUGAGAGGCAGAUUGACCAGUUCAUUGGCGAAACCCAUGACAAGCUGCAACAAAUGGGGUUGGGGUAUAUGAAUAUCGCAAUCGAAUGGGCACGAGAGAAGAUUUUGGGGCAGAAGAGUCCACAAGGGGAUGCUGCUCAGCAGCAGCAAGCAGCAGCCGCAGCAGCAGUGGGGGGCUACGCCAGCUACGCAUCAGACCUCCUUUCCCGCUUUGCCAUGCCCGGCGCAAGGACGAACACCCCUACCCAACCCGGCACAACCUCUGCGGGCGUGUACAGUAUGGUGUCGAACUUCGCUGCCGGCCUGGCUUCCACAUCCGGCGGCUCUCCUCCUCAAGGAGCAGCAUAUCGCUCUGCAGCCGCCGAAGCCGCUUCGAUCUCCAUUCCACCAAGCCUGUUCCAGUUCGAGAACAUCCCCGGGCAGUCCACGGCUGAGAAGUCCUCAUUCAUCACCGCACAACGUGACAGGUUAUUGGGGCUAGUGAAGAUGCUGGACAGCGAGCAGCAGAACUUAGACUUGGCCUACGGCGCUGCUCCAGGUGAAAGCAGGACUGGCGGGCAUAGUAAGCGACCCUCAAGCUCCGGAUCUGGGCUGGCCAUGGGCGGUGGAUUAAAGACAAAAUCGCGGAGCGAGCAGUCCUUUGAGAAUGUCGACUACGACGAAGCCACUGGAGGUUCGAACACGCCGGCCGAGGCUUAUGAUCGUCGGCGGACAAGCGGCGGCGUUGAGGGUACCAGUGCCGGCGGAAGCGGAGGCGGAGGCUGGAUCCCUUCGGGCGUCAGUGGAUGGUUCUCAGGCAGUCCUCCCCGUGACGGAGCCGAAGGUGAUAGUGGUCGCUAUGACCGGAGCGAGCGGGAUAUGGACAGGGACCGGAUGCGAGGUUCUGGACCAGCAUCUCGAGGAUGGAACGCCGCAAGGGAUAUCACGGAUGAGAUCUCCCGCGGCAUGAGCAGUGGGGUCGAUUCCUUGAUGGGAGACUACGAUCGACGACGCAGUUGA